UCAAAUGGGGAAUCAUCGUAAUCACGGGCAUGGACACCGAUAAACCCGAGAAGGCACGAGGCUAAUGCCAGCGCCAAGCGGUACCCGGCUAAUGUCAUCAACCUUCAGUUAUUUAGUUCAGAGGAUUCCCAAAACAAUAAAUUGACAUUGCGGGCGGACGUCAAGUAUCAACCGAGAAAGGAAAUGAAUUGCUUUAAUGUAGAUCUACCUGAACGUUUAAAACAAAAGUUGCAAAAAGGUUGUUUAAACAAAGCAGGUAGCAUCGCAGAUUUUUCUGAUCUUAAAUUAAAGAAAUUAGGAUUUUCCAUGGACGAGAUGAAUAUUGUCCGUUCGGAAGCAGCAAAAAGUUUUCAAAUCGAAAAUGGCAAAGUAUUGGAGAUGUUUCAUCAUAAAGAUUACCGAUGGAGCCGAAUAUCAUUAGGAUGUAUAGCAUUGGAUGCUGCGACCAAUGGAGGAAUAUCAACACGUGGUGUCACAGAAAUUUUUGGGGAAUCGGGUGUUGGAAAAACGCAACUGCUCCUUCAAUUGUGUUUAAUGGUUCAAUUACCUCAGAAUAUUGGUGGACUUAAAAAGCAUGCGGUGUACAUUUGCACUGAAGAUAUUUUUCCAUCGAGACGUCUGUAUCAGUUAAUCGACAAAUUCCAGCAGCAAUUUGAUAGUAGCAUUUCGUAUGCAGAGAACGUGUUCGUUGAGCAUAUUAUUGAAAUGGACGAGCUUAUGGAUUGUGUUUUCAGCAAACUACCUAAACUGUUAAAAAUUAAGAAUAUAGGUCUCAUCAUCAUAGAUUCCAUAGCAGGUGUUUUCAGAUUACAAGACGACAUCGUCAAAAGAGCUAACACGAUGAGAAAAUUAGUAGCAGAACUUCGUCGUCUCGCAAAUAAGUAUAACUGUGCUGUUGUAUGUUCGAAUCAGGUAACGUCUGGUUUAACUCACUUGAAUGAGUCGCAACCAAGUUUAGGGCUUGCUUGGGCUCAUUUAAUCACAACACGGCUCAAAAUAUCGAAAAUAUAUAGAAAAUCUGAAUUAUAUCAUACAAACCUCAAUCCAGUCUGUUCGUCACUAAUAAGGACUAUGGAAACUAUUUUUUCACCUGGUUCAAGUAGGGGAUAUGCGAAAUUUUUAAUUUCAUCGGACGGCAUCGAAGAGGCUUGACUAGUAUAGGAUAUCAUCAUUAUCAUUACCGGAUUUUUAAAGUAAAAAUAAUUUUAAGCAUAAUUAAAUGUGAUAUUGUGUCAAAGUCUGAUGAAAAUUACUUAUUUUGAUUAUAUUUAGACAUAGUUAUUUGAUUAACUUUAGAAAUUAAUAAUUUUCUUUUAGUGGCAAAUUAAGAACAAUAUUAUAUUUAAAAUGACAAUGUCAAUGUUUUUGAGAACUUAAAUUAAACAACUUAUGUUAAGCAAA